CUUCUCUCGUGACGUAUUUUUCCGGUAUUUAUAUAUUUCACAAAGAAUUCUUCAAAAUUUAAUUUAAUUUCCAAAACCUAUACAUACACAGAGACUUAUAUGUAAAAGAAACCGGCCACCGUCGUCCUCCUCCUAACAUGCUCCAUCUCUUCCUCUUCUCCUCCGCCGCCUCCACCACCACCGCCGUAGAAGACAAUUCCACCACCAUGCCCCCUUCUUCUAGAUCCGCCGCUAAUCAAAACUCCUCCUCUUCUCUCCAUCUCUGCAAACAUUCACCGUCGGCGACUCUCGACCUCUUAAUCCUAAUCCUCGUCCUCUUCUCCGGCACAUUCCUCCUCUCCUCUUACUUCUCAUACCUUAUCCACUCCUUAUCUCUCCUCUCCUCUCAUUUCCCUUCAAUCACCAUCUCCCUCUCCUCUCUCCUCCCUCCUCUAAUCAUCUUCUUCUCCUCCGAUCACAGCACCGAAGAUGAAGAUCAUCAUCAUCCCUCAGGAAAAAUCCCUCCUCCGGCUUCGUUCUUCUUCGCAUUCGCAGUUUUUUUCGCGGCUUCAAUUGCGUUUCUCGACCUGUGUUGUGGUUCAAGAUCAAGGAAAUGUCGUAACCCUAAGUGUAAAGGAAUGAAGAAAGCUAUGGAGUUUGAUUUGCAGUUACAGACAGAGGAAUGUGUUAAAUCCGGUUCGGUUAAAGAGAUUGAUCGGUUACCGUGGAAAGGAGGUAGUGAGAGUAAUCCUGAUUAUGAGUGUUUGAGAGCUGAGCUGAGGAAGAUGGCUCCGGUUAAUGGUCGAGCUGUUUUGAUUUUCCGAUCAAAAUGUGGUUGCCCUAUUGCUAAGCUUGAAGGUUGGGGACCUAAGAGAAGUCGGCGUCAUAAAAAAUCGCCGGCAAAAUUAGCUGUAAAGGGAUGCAUAGACAAUCGCUGAUCCAGAAACUUUCCAAUCUAUACUUACAUAUUAUCACAUUGAAAUGUUGCAGUUGCAGAGGUUCUUCUUCAUCUUCUCGGAUAACAUUCAUUUAGUAUUAGGAGGAAAAAUAUAAAAUUAUUGAUUUUUUUCAUUUCCUAUAGAGUUAAAUCCCUGAAACUCAAAUGUCUUGUUACUCUCGAACACUUUCUCUGUGUAACUAUAUAUACACUCAAGAAAUAUCUAAUUCGAAUGAUCAAAUCUAAUGCCUU